GCGCGUCGGUCAACAGUCAAUGUCCGAUGGUGUCCACCUGAGAACGAUCCUCUCUUCCAUCGCUCUGAACAUCUUCAGCAACGCUAUACUACAGCACAAGGAGUACAACGAGAAUGGAAUCAAGAGAACAUCUUCGGUAAAUGCGCACCCGGACGACCAAGGGGAGCAGCCGGAAGCGCUGCGCGAAGGUUCGUCCAGUUUUGAUGUCGGCUACGACGACCCUAGGACCUUCAUGCACCUGAAGGCGGACACGAG